AUGGCGCCAUCCGCGAAACCUACUCUUGCGCCUCUGAAGACGUCCAAGUCACCCACUCUUCCUUCAGAAUUCCACGAUAGCCCACUCUUCUCUGGAAAAACAGAGUCUAUCAAGCAAGAAGACUUCCUCAGAACCCCUAUCACUCCACCCAUGGCUUACACGGACUUCCUCAAGACCGUCACGCCAAUCGUGGCCUCUCCAUCUAGCGCAAGGGACAAGAGCUUCGAUCGUCUAGCUGCCUCUAUGGCCCAUAAUUCUACCGCAACCAGCCCCUAUUUCUGCAACUGCUCAAAUACCUGCCGCAAAUCACCAACGGUGGCGUCUAUUACCUCCUCCCCAGUUGUUCUACACCACUAUCGCAGCGGUGACAGAGUCCGAAAAACCCCUACUUCGGCAAAACCACUACGCAUAUCUGCUCCAUCUCCAAAGUCAACAUCGCCUGGCUUUGAUUCUCCACGGUGUUGUUCCGCUAGGUCACCAUUACCUCCCCCCGACUGGAUUACUGAGUCCACCACUCGACAGACGGAGACACCACGAUGCUCUUCUUGUUCGCGACCUAUCAGUGUCCGCCAUGUCAUCACCCGAACCAUAACUUACAAGCGCACAGCUCUGGAGCCAGCUCCCAAGGGAAAGCGACGAAAAGCCGAUGAGUAG